UUAGUUUUAACAACAAUACUUUACAGUUCAACAUAUAGUUUACAACAGUUUUUCAAACUUAGAAUAAAAAAAUAAUAAAAAAAAAUCCAUAAAUUUUUAAAAAAAUACUAUUUACAUCAUAGUAGAACAAAAUAAAUCUAAUUAAUUUGCUAUUAAAAAGUGAUGAAUAAUAAAAUAAAAUUUAUAUACUGAAUUUAAAAAAUUAUAUAUAAAAUUGUGCAAACUAAAGACUUUAUAAAAGGAAUAUAAAACAACAUUUUGAAAAAUGGCGCUCACUUUUAAAGUGCCAUUACUGGUGACGUUGCUGACAUUAACACAUGCUGCCCGCCUAGAUAAUAAAUAUUUACCACCGCCGCCAAAUGCUGCUACGGCUGGUGGAGGUCCUGGCUUACAGGGACCAGGAGGUGGUGGUGGUAGACCUGGAGGACCAGGUGGACCUGGUGGCUUUGGUGGUGGUGGAGGAGGUGGGGGUGGUACAGGAGGAGGUUUUGGUGGAGGUGGCGGUGGUCCCACUGGUGGCGGUAAUAAUGGUUUGGGUGGUUUUACUGGCGCUGGUGGUCAAGGUCGUCCUUUUGGUCCUCAGGGUGGUGGCGCUGGUCCCAGACCAGGUGCUCCUUCUGGGCCUUCUGCACCUGCUGGUCCCGUUAUACCUAUAUUGUCAUUUGUAAAUGAAAAUGAUGGUGAUGGAAAUUAUAGAUUUAGUUAUGAAACUGGUAAUGGCAUUAAGGCCCAGGAAGAGGGUACAGUUAAAAACAAAGGUUCGGACAACGAAAUUCCAUCCGUUAUGGGUACAUUUUCAUAUACUGCACCAGAUGGACAAGUAGUUGAAGUGGCUUAUACGGCUGAUGAAAAUGGUUUCCAACCUUCUGGUGAUUUAUUACCAACACCACCGCCAAUUCCCGAAGCAAUUGCAAAAGCUCUGGCUGCACAAGGUAUUCAACCUGCACCAGGUGGUGGCUUCAUAGGUGGACCCGGUACGGGAGCAGGUGGAGGCAGUGGUGCUGGUGGUGGUGGCGGUUUUGGAGGUGGUACUGGCCGUGGUGGAGGCGGUGGUUCUGGUAGUUUUGGUGGAGCUGGAGGUGGUACUGGGGCCGGUGGUUAUGGUGGCGGUACUGGUGCUGGUGGUGGCUUUGGAGGUGGAACUGGCGCUGGUGGUGGCGGUGGUAGAGGAGGUGGUGCCGGAGGUGCUGGUGGAUUUGGUGGUGGUGGUGGUACUGGCACUGGUGGAGGUGCCGGUGGUGGUUAUGGUGGUGCCGGUGGUAGAGGAGGAGGUGCAGGAACUGGCGGUGGUGCAGGCGCUGGCGGUGCUGGUGGAUAUGGCGGCGGUGCUGGUGCCGGUGGUGGUAAAGGAGGAGCUGGUGGAUUUGGUGGUGGCUCUGGUGCAGGAGGCGCAGGAGGAAGAGCUGGAGGUGCUGGUGGAGCCGGUGGAUUUGGUGGUGGUUCUGGUGCAGGAGGUGCCGGAGGCGCUGGUGGCUACGGUGGUGGAGCUGGCGCCGGUGGUGCUGGAGGUUUUGGUGGUGGUGCUGGCAAAGGUGGAUUCGGUGGGGGUUCUGGUGCCGGAGGCGCUGGUGGCUACGGUGGUGGUGGCGGAGGCGGAGCUGGCGCUGGUGGUGGUGCUGGCAAAGGUGGAGCCGGUGGAUUUGGUGGUGGUUCUGGUGCCGGAGGCGCUGGUGGCUACGGUGGUGGUGGAGGAGCUGGUGGUGGUUCUGGCAAAGGUGGCGCCGGUGGAUUUGGUGGUGGAGCUGGCGCCGGCGGUGCAGGAGGUAGAGGAGGUGGUGGCGGAGGCGCUGGUGGCUACGGUGGCGGUGCUGGUGGUGGUGCAGGCAAAGGUGGAGCCGGUGGAUUUGGUGGUGGAGGUGGUGCCGGAGGCGCUGGUGGCUACGGUGGCGGUGCAGGUGGUGGUGCAAGCAAAGGUGGAGCUGGUGGAUUUGGUGGUGGAGCCGGCGCCGGCGGUGCAGGAGGUAGAGGAGGUGGUGCUGGAGGCGCUGGUGGUUAUGGUGGUGGAGCUGGUGCCGGCGGUGGUGGUGGCUUUGGUGGUGGGGCUGGUAAAGGAGGUGCUGGUGGAUUUGGUGGCGGAGCUGGUGCUGGAGGUAAAGGUGGUGGUGCCGGAGGCGCAGGUGGAUAUGGAGGUGGUUCUGGCGCUGGUGGCGCUGGUGGAGCUGGUGGUAGAGGUGGUGGUGCCGGAGGCGCUGGUGGCUACGGUGGUGGAACUGGCGCUGGUGGUGCUGGAGGUUUUGGUGGUGGUGGUGGCAAAGGUGGAGCCGGUGGAUUUGGUGGUGGUUCUGGUGCAGGAGGUGCGGGAGGUAGAGGUGGCGGUGCCGGAGGUGCUGGGGGCUACGGUGGCGGUGCUGGCGCUGGUGGUGCUGGAGGAUUUGGUGGUGGUGCUGGAAAAGGUGGUACCGGUGGUUUUGGUGGGGGUGCUGGCGCCGGCGGUGGUGGAGGCUUUGGUGGUGGAGCUGGCGGUGGUGCAGGCAAAGGUGGUGCCGGUGGAUUUGGUGGUUCUGGUGCGGGUGGUGCCGGAGGUAGAGGAGGUGGAGCAGGAGGCGCUGGUGGUUAUGGUGGUGGAGCUGGCGCCGGCGGUGCCGGAGGUUUUGGUGGUGGAUCUGGCGCUGGUGGUGGUGCAGGCAAAGGUGGUGCCGGAGGCGCUGGUGGUUAUGGUGGUGGAGCUGGCGCCGGCGGUGGUGGAGGCUUUGGUGGUGGAGCAGGCAAAGGUGGAGCCGGUGGAUUUGGUGGUGGUUCUGGUGCGGGUGGUGCGGGUGGUGCUGGAGGUAGAGGAGGUGGUGCAGGAGGCGCUGGUGGUUAUGGAGGUGGAACUGGCACCGGCGGAGGUGGAGGCUUCGGUGGCGGAGCUGGCAAAGGAGGUGCCGGUGGAUUUGCUGGCGGUUCUGGUGCCGGAGGUGCUGGUAGCUUCGGAGGAGGUGCUGGUGGCUUCGGAGGAGGAGCUGGAGCCGGAGGUGGUGCAGGCAAAGGUGGCGCCGGUGGAUUUGGUGGUGGUUCAGGUGCAGGAGGUAGAGGAGGUGGUGCCGGUGGCGCUGGUGGAUACGGUGGUGGUGCCGGAGGCGCAGGUGGUUUCGGUGGUGGUGCUGGAGGAGGUGGUAAAGGAGGUGCAGGUGGUUUCGGUGGUGGAACGGGAGCAGGUGGUGCGGGUGGACGAGGAGGUGCUGGAGGAUUUGGCGGCGGUGCCGGCGGUCCUGGUACAUCUUAUGUUCCUCCACCACCUGGUCAACCUGGUCGCGGUCAUGCAAGCGGCGACUUCAAUCCUCAAACUGGCUACAAUUACUAAAUCAAAUUUGAUAAGCAAAAUUUACAUGCAACGAUAUCUGCCACAAAUACUCGUAGCAUUUAAGUGUUUCCUCUCUUACCUUAACAUGGAACUAAUUUCAAAAAAAUCCCUUCACCUAAUAUUAUAUCAACAUCUGACAGGAUCUAUUUUUAAGUUACACAUUUUUAGAAACUUUAAAAAACGUCUCGCUGUAAACAAAAUGGCUCUUAGUAUAAUAAGUGAUUGUUAUUUAACUUUU